ACCUAACCAGUAACCACCACCAAAUAUAUAAUCUCGUCUACAGAUGACGAGGCGGCUGCGAUCUACCGGCAAAACAAAUCUGACGACGGUCUUAUUGAACCGUGAUAAGUAGUGCGUGUGCGUGUGUGUUUUUUUUCAUCGCUGUCAUUAUUAUUAUUAUCAGGAACUUCGGCGACAGGCUACUGGCUGGCAGACUGAGACGGCAGUCCACCACACUUGACGUUAGCUAUAUAAUAUAUAGGAAUUGGGAUUUGAGUCUCCCCUUAACGACGCGUUAAGGUUUAGAAAAAAAAUCGUCUUCUUGCAAAAUCGUUCGCGAAUCCGUUGCCAAGUGAUCGAUCAGACAGAUUUGUUUCGAUCACGCUCCUUAAAACCCACCUAAGUCUGCAGUCCAUCUGACGGUAAACAACACAGAGAGAGAAGGAAAAACGAAAAUCGCUGAUCACUUAAACUUGAAGAAUCCUUCGCAAUGGCCGGUCAAACAAUACAAGAUAGACUAUUGGCUGCUCGUCACAGUUUGGCUGGACAAGGUCUGGCAAAGUCCGUAUGCAAGGCCACCACUGAAGAGCUAAUCGGGCCGAAAAAGAAACAUUUGGAUUACUUGAUUCACUGUACUAAUGAACCAAAUGUGUCAAUUCCUCAACUUGCCAAUCUAUUAAUUGAACGGUCACAAAAUGCCAGUUGGGUCGUAGUAUUUAAAUCAUUAAUCACAGUUCAUCAUUUAAUGUGUUAUGGGAACGAGAGAUUUACACAAUAUUUGGCAUCCAGUAAUAGUUCCUUUCAACUUAGCAAUUUUUUGGAUAAAAGCAGUUUACAAGGACCUGUCGGAGUACGAUCUGGUUAUGAUAUGUCACCAUUUAUUAGACGUUAUUCUAAAUACUUAAAUGAAAAAGCUUUAUCUUAUCGUACCGUGGCUUUUGAUUUUUGUAAAGUUAAAAGAAGCAAAGAAGAUGGUGUACUGCGCACCAUGAAUUCAGAAAAAUUAUUGAAGACUUUACCAGUCUUACAGUCACAACUGGAUGCAUUACUUGAGUUUGAUUGUUCUGCUGCUGAUCUCACAAAUGGUGUAAUUAACAUGGCAUUCAUGUUGUUAUUUCGUGAUCUUAUCAGAUUAUUUGCUGGUUAUAAUGAUAGUAUCAUUAAUCUUUUAGAAAAAUAUUUUGAUAUGAAUAAAAAGCAAUGUCGGGAUGCUUUAGAUUUAUACAAAAAGUUUCUCAUUAGAAUGGAUCGUGUAGGCGAAUUUCUCAAAGUGGCAGAAAAUGUUGGAAUCGACAAGGGUGAAAUACCGGAUCUGACUAAAGCUCCGAGUAGCUUAUUGGAUGCAUUAGAACAACAUUUAGCUUCUAUCGAAGGCAAAAAAUCUGCAGCAAACACUCCCACACAAGCAACAAGCACUCAUCGGACAGAUGUAAAGACUGGUGUAUCUGCCCUUUCUUCCACUAGCAGCUCUUUUGGAACAAUUGCUCAGCAAGCGGAUGGAGUUGAGGAGUCAUUGAAGCAAGCUGUUUUGGCUGAAGAAGAAGCUGUUUUAAAUCAAUACAAGGCCAAAGUCAACAGCCCUGUGAAUGGUACAAUCGCUUCAGUCAACAAUCCGUUUUUAGUUUCAUCUGAGCCUAUUGUAGACUUGUUUUCAUGUCCAGCUCCAGCUACACAGAUGUCAACCAAAGCUUCUGACGAUUUACUUCAAUUAAGUAAUCCAUUUGCUGACAUGUUUUCAACUCCUAUGACAGGAUCACAAACAAAUGCUUCAAAUGAUAUGUCUUCUCCUCUUGCUAACAACUGGAUGAGCAAUGGAUUUAAUACAAAUACUAGCAAUGCAUUCGUUGAUGAUAAAUCAUUUACAUCUGUUUUUGGUCAACCUGAAUCUAACCAAUCAUGUCCUGCUCCCACUACUACAGCUGCGUGUUCUGGGACAUCUUUUAUCACCUCAAAUGUUUUUUCUGAUUCAAAUAUUUUUGAAUCAAGUCCUCCAUCUAUAGAAAAAUCACAGUCCAGAAAAUCUAGUGGGGCAUCAAUACCUCCACCAAGACCUCCUCCACCUUCUACUUCUCUUCCAUCAUCUAAUCCUGAUCCUAAUCCUGUUUUGGAUUUGGCAGCAGAUAUUUUUCUUCCUCAAAGUGUCCCUCAACCUAUUUAUGGAUCUCCUGGCAAAACCGAUUUGGCCGCACUUGCUUCAGGUGCACCUGAUUCAGGUAAUAAGAAGGUAUUAACUGGAGAUUUAGAUAGCAGUUUAGCAUCAUUAGCAGAAAAUCUUACCAUCAAUAAAGUCACACAACCGCCACCAGUUCAAUGGAAUUCUCCUAAAAAUACUCCAAAACCUGGUAAUGGUCAACCAGGAAUGGGUUGGAGCCCUCAGCCUAUGGCUGCUACAACUGGUGCAAAUUAUCGACCAAUGGGUCAAGGAAUGAUGUCCAACCCUUCACCAUUUGUAUCAACAUAUGGUCCAAUGGGUGUACAACCCAGCUGUAUUGGUGGUAGUGCAGUAGGUGGUGGUAAUCUUGGAAUGACUACUCCUUCCAGUUCUCAGACCUCUCAACCACAGCCUGUCUUAGAUCCUUUUGGUUUAUAAGGAAAUAAACUGGGACUGAAAAGCGAAAUGUAUAGUUUUUAUUGUAUACACAUUAUAAAGGGUUCUAAGAAUAACUAUCAUUGCAACAACCCUAGUGCCAUACUUUCAAACUCUUAAUUGGCAAAAUGAAUAUAAUUUCAGGUAUUACUGUUAUUUAGUUAAAAAUCUAUUAUUUAUACUUAUAUUGUGAAAGUAUAAGAAUAAAAUAAUGCCCAAAAUAAUUUCUGCCUAUUUUAGCCUAAAUUAUUUUAAAUUAAACAUAAAGUAUUAUAUUUAGAUUAUUACUUAAAAAUAGGCAAACUCUAGCUUAGAGAUAAAAAAUGUGUGUUCUAUGAAAAAGAGAUUGUUCCUUUAGGAAUAAAGUAACAAUUUUAGUUUACGAUCUUGUUAAGUUUUUUAACUUAAUAUUAAGUGCAAUAUAAAAUAAAGUUUGAUUUAAAUUAUAUCCUAUUCGUUUACCUCAUGAAUAUCCAUUAAUUUACAAAUAAAAAAAAUUAUAUAUUAUGUAUUUUAUAAUAAAUAUAAUAUUAUUUUAUGUAAUAUUAAUAUAACAUUAAAUAUUAAAUAGACAAUACUAUAUUGUUAAUCCAUUUAAAAAUUAUAUAGCUAUAUGAUUAUUUAAUAUUAUGACACUCUCUAACAGAUAUACUUAUUAGAUAAUAUAAUUAAGAUAGGUACCGUGCAUUAGUAACAAUAAGGUAUAAUUGUAAUAUAUUUAUAUUUUAAUCAAAUUAAAAUAAAUACUCUCCCAUGUCUAUAAAAUACAAUAUAAUAUAGUAUAUUACAUGUUAUAUAUAAAUUAUUAUUAUUGAAAAACGUGUAUCAAAUAAAAAUAGGUACAUGAUGUUUACAGUGUACUGAUGUACAGUGUUCGGUUUAAACAAAAUCAUAUCUAAAUUGUUACAAAAAUAUGUAAGUAAUUAUACAUCAGUUACCUAAUUUAUUGUUUUGUAAGUUAAAUACUUAAAAUAAAUACAACAUUUGGAUACGAUUUUGAGUGAACAUUUUAGAAGUAUUAGACAAACAUCAAAAGUGAUGUAUUGGAAAUUCUGUAAUAAUAUAGUGGAAUAUAAAUAUAUUUAUAUUUUUUUUUUCACAAGUAACAUAUUAUAACCCCUUAUAUAUUUUAUGCAGAAACAUAAUUGUUAUAUUCAAUUUUUAUUUAUUUAAAAUUAUCAAUAACUUUUUUUAUUUAUAAUUUAUUUAAUUUUAAAUUACUUAUAUAAUAUAUUAUAUAUAUUGAUUAUAAAUAUUGUUCUAUCAAAAUCAUUACUGUGAAUUUUUUUUGAUUGAAAACAAUUAAGUAUUGUGAAAUUAUAUGAAUCAACAAUUAUUGUUUAUGGGUAUAUUAUAUACAUUUUAUUAGGCAUAAUUUUGUUUUAUUUUCAUUUUUUUGUUUGUAUUCUUUCAAUUUUAUGUUACCUUCCAUUUAGAAAUUCAGUCCAUUUUUAUAAAUAUAUGUUAUUAUUAUUACGGAUUUAUUGUGAUGUUAAUUUAACAGAAAUCUUGUUAGUAUAUUAUAUUUUUGGCAUCACCUUUAGUUAAUUUUUUUUUUAUUUGCAUGUGAUAUAUAAUUUAUGAAUUUUGUAUAUUUAUGUUACUUUACUUAUUUAUUGUAAAAUGGCUUUGGUUUCGUUAAAGUUAAAAUUAAUUUUUACUCUGGCGUUAAUUAUAAUAAACAUUCCAAAAUAAAAUUAAUAACAUAAUAUAAUUUAUAAACUAUAAUAUUAUCAUUAUAUCUUUAUAAUUAUUAUUGUAAUUAGUGUAUUGGCAUGUAGAUACACAAAAUAUAUUAUUAUUAUUAUUAUA